AACGCCACAAUGAGCAACCGCUCUAAUGGAAGUCGUGCUACCCAGACCGAAGUCGGUUCCCGGGUUCGCGGCAUGGGUUGCCACGAGAAACUCCAAGCAGCAUUAAGUUCACUGGACCAAUAUCGAGGAACUGUCGUGGCAUGCCGAUAUUACUUGCCGUCUACUCUUGCUCGUCCAGAGGACUUGGCUACCCUCAAGACGAAAAUUUACGAGGCUGUAGCCCGUGUUGUAUUGAGCCAGGGUCAUCUUCAACUUGGUGUCGCCGGCAUUGAUACUAAAAAUCCUGGUUUCAUUCGCCUUGGUAGUAUUGAUCUUCGAAAUCACGUUGUUUGGACAUCCUUGGACGAGGAAGAUGACUUCGAACACAUGCAUGAAAUAUCGAUGCAGACUCAACUCGAUUCUCGCUUCGACAAUAUUUCCACUAUACCUGGCUGGCGCAUUGUUGUCCUUCACAAACCCGGUAUGGAUUCGAUAGAAAUAUCAUACGCCUGGAAUCAUAUUCAUCAUGAUGGAAUGGGUGCAAAGAUUUUUCAUGAGAGUUUGCUUCAAAAUCUCAACGACGCGUCUGCGGAGAGCAAGGAGUCAGUGCUCACGGUCGAUGAGCAAUCAGAAAGCCGGAUUCUUCAACUGCCUGAUCCAACCGCUACUCUAGCUCCCAACCCUGAAAAGCUGUCCUCAUGGCCUAUGGCGCCGAAAAGUUUCGUAUCAGCCGUCUGGAGGCAGCUAAACCCACCGGCGGAUCUCUGCGCAACCUGGGCUCCGAUCAAACCAUCUCCUUACAAAACCAAAGUCCACAACUUGGUAAUCGACAACCGCACUGUCAAGAACUUAAUCGCUACUUGCCGAAAGCACCACACCACCAUAACCGGCCUCAUCCAUGCCCUCGUUCUCAUCUCACUUUCAAGCUCGAUUCCGAAGCACAAGGGAUUCAUGAGCAGAACCCCUUACAACCUCCGAACCAUUCUCCCGUCAAACCCACCAAAAUAUCCCUCCCUCGACCCGAAGAAGACAAUGUGCAAUUACGUGUCGGUAGUUGACCAUGACUUCGACGCCAAAACGGUCUCCGGCAUACGCUCUAGGCUUCCAGCACGGAAAGAGAAGGAAGAUACUGCUCUAACUACCGACAUGUUAGAUGAUAUAUGGGCUACCUCUGCCCGCAUUCGUCGUGAAAUAGAGGCACGUCUUGACAUGGGCAUGAAAAACGACAUGCUUGGCAUUAUGAAAGUCGUAUUAGACUGGCGAGCUCAGCAGAAGAAGGGAGCAAAAGGGAAAAGACAUUUCUCUUGGCUAAUCACCAAUAUCGGUGUGUUUGACGGCGGUGAUCAGGAACGAGAAUUGGCCAACAGGGAAAACUGGACUGUAAGACGCGGUAUGCUUGUUCUGGGUGCCGAUACGCCGGAUGCGGCGAUUCAGAUUGGGGCUAUGACGAUGAAGGGCGGUGAUAUGUGCAUGACGGGUACAUGGCAGGAUUGUGUGGUUGGUCCGGAGGUUGGGGGACGUCUGAUGCGGGAUCUGGAGAGGUGGUUUGGUGAGAUUGGAGCGGCUGCUUGAUAUCAGCAUAACGAUGCAUUUCCUAUUUUUUUUAGAGGUGUCCUCUGCGAUGUACGAUUAUAGUUUUGUUUUCCUAGUUAACAGCGCAUAAACAGCGUCCUGAUAUACUUCUUUACAUCGUGUUGGUUCCUUUCAUUCCAUGCAUAUCUAUCCGGCGAGUAAAGCUGAUUGCUUGGUUGACUAACUGAUUGUUUCCUUUGGUCUCAUAAUGUGACAAACAUAUUACUCGUGUAUUUAGGUAGCUCGUAGAUCAAUGUCCUCUGAAUAUCAUCCAUCUAAUCUACCACAUCUCAUUCCUACACAUCGUGCUAUUUAACAAUGUACAUUGGGUCCGUCUACAAUGAGGUGAUCCUUCCAUUGUGUGACAUAUUCUCAUACCGUCUCUUUGGCAAAUAUAUACAGCUAGAUCAUAUUCUUCGAGAUCGUACAUUCCCCCUAUAAACAGUACAUACACCAACAAUCCACUAAACAACCAAAUACGCGAAUUUCACAGCAAUUCAAUUAACCAAUCUCACCAUGUCGUUCCCACGAUCCUGCUUCGAAUCCGAAACCGCAUAUUUCGAUCACCUCACAGCAGACUGGAACUUCGAAGCUGGCUACGACCCUUCAAAGCAACACAUCGACAUACCGCACAUCCACAAACAAGUCCUCUCCUACUUCAUCGGUAGACAGACCUUCCGCAUCGACAGCGUUGCAUCAAUAACCUCGCUAACCAACCUCCUCAGCACAUUCCCCCUCCCAAACCCCCUCCUCUCAAUCCGGGAUAUCAAUCUCUCGCUGAUGACCCACCCG